CCCUAAACCCCACCCGCCCUGGGCUCCUCCUUAGUGUUCUGAGAAGGAGUUGAGGAAGUUGGUUGUCAUUCUGCUGCUGCUUCUCGGAGUGUGUUGCCUACUUGGUGUUGAGAAAAGCUUCAAAAUGGCAUCAGUGUCUUCUCAGGAGGAAGAGUCCUUCACUUGUCCAGUCUGUCUGGAGCUGUUGAGGGAUCCGGUGACAAUUGCCUGUGGACAUAAUUUCUGUAUGAAGUGCAUUAAUGGCUGCUGGGAUCAGGAGGAUUGUAAAAGAAAAUAUAGCUGUCCCCUCUGCAAGCACACUUUCGACUCCAGGCCUGUCCUCAACAAAAACCGUCUGAUGGCUGAAAUGGUGGAGAAGUUCGGGAAAACCAGCAUCCAAGGUGCUGCUUCUGCUCGCUGUUACGCUGGACCUGGAGAUGUGGCAUGUGAUGUCUGCACCGGGAGAAAACUCAAAGCUGUCAAGUCCUGUCUGGAGUGUCUGAAGUCGUACUGUGCCACGCACCUAAAAGCUCACAACAAUGACCUUAUAGAUGGGAAUCACACCAUUACCGAUGUCACAGGCCAACUACAGGAGAGGAUCUGCAGUAGUCAUAAGAAGGUUUUUGAAAUAUUCUGUCGCACUGACCAGAGUUGCAUCUGCUAUCUGUGCACGAUGGACGAUCAUAAAGGCCACGACACAAUCACAGCGAAGGCAGAGUGGAGUCAUAAAAAGGAGGGGUUGGGGCAGAGCCAGAGGAGAUGCCAGCAGAUAAUCCAGUUGAAGGAGAAGGAGCUGCAGGAGCUGAGGAAGGCUGUGGAGACUCUCAAGUCUGGUUCACAGACAGCAGUGGAGGAGAGUGAGAGGAUGUUUACUGAGAUGAUCCGCUCCAUUGAGAAAAGGUGCUCUGAGGUGACAGAGCUGAUCAGAGCUCAGGAGAAGGCUGAGGUGAGUCGUGCUGAAGGACUCCUGAAGCGACUGGAGCAGGAGAUUGCUGAGCUGAAGAGGACAGAUGCUGAGAUGAAGCAGCUUUCACAGACACAGGAUCCCAUUCAUUUCCUCAAGAAUAUCGUGUCCAUCAACGCGAGGCCUUACAGCACAAUUUCAACCAACGUGACCUUCAGCCAAAACUUCUCCUUGGAGCCCUUGAAGAAAUCUGUGUCUGCACUGAAGAUGCAGCUGGAGGAGAACUUAGAAUCAGUCUUCAAGCAGGAAAUAGUCAAGAUAUCUGAAGCAGCUGUGAAAAAUAUCCAGAUCAUCGAGAGCAUACAGCUGUCUGAUGGCCAGGAUCUUAUUGGUGAACCAGUGACCAGAGAGGACUUCUUACAGUAUUCCUGUCACUUCACUCUGGAUCCAAACACAGCACACACACGCCUCCAUCUGUCUGAGGGGAACAGGAGGGUGGAGUGGAGAGAUGAGGACCCUCAGUCAUAUCCUGAUCAUCCAGACAGAUUUGAUGUGUGGCCUCAGGUGCUGUGUAGAGAGGGUGUGUCUGCACGCUGCUACUGGGAGGUUGAGUGGAGUGGGUGGGUUAGUAUAGCAGUGUCCUAUAAAGGCAUCAGCAGGAAAGGAUCUGGUCUUGAGUGUGGGUUUGGAUAUAAUGAUCAGUCCUGGAGCCUGCACCUCAGCAGCUCCAGCUCCUCUUUCUGGCACAAUAAUAAACAGACUAAACUCCCUCUAGUGGCCAGCUCCAGAAUAGGAGUGUAUGUGGAUCACAGGGCAGGAACUCUGGCCUUCUACAGCAUCAGGGGAGACACAAUGACCCUCCUGCACAGAGUCAAUACCACAUUCACACACACACUCUACCCAGGAUUUAGGUUAUAUGGUGGGUCAUCAGUGAAGCUGUUCUGAAUUCUGCUCCUGUAGGUCACACAUGCAUACCCAACCACAAACACAUGCACGUACACAUACACGCGAAGACACAUACACUCACAUUCAGAGACACACACACACACACACAGUCUUUAUUUGUGAGUUUGUGUUUGUGAUUUGUUAAGAGUUGCAGUUGCAUUUCCUAUGAUAAGGGAAUGGUGGGAUGCUGUUGUACUGUUGUAAUUCUCAAUGAUUGAUGUGCAUUUGCAUAAUGAAGUUAUUGUUCAUUAAUGGCAGGAGAACUGUGCAUAACGUUGAAAACACUCAACUACACUUUGCACUUAGUUGAUGUUGAGCACAUCUCAUCUGAGAAUCCCAUAGGCAGAAUAAGAAGCUUUGUCGACAUUGUGGGCUCUGAUUUUGUUUAGGUUAUCUGAGUAUCUCUCUUGGUAAUUUACAUUGUGCUGUUGGAGAGAAGUCUCUACUGACUGCUGUAACUGGAAGUGUGAACAGUGGGAGACCAGUGUGUGUAGUAUAGAGUUUGUCGAGUGUUAAAAAGUACAGGCAUAGCAGUGUUUCCCACAGAAGAUUUUAUUAGUCAAGGUGGUGGUGGGGACUAAUAGUCGUGAGGGGGUAGCAUGUGUCAUUAGACAUGGGAUUAAGAGGCCUAAUCAUCAUUGUAAAUGCUGUUUAUGUUGUGCAGACUCAUAAUAAAAUUUAAUG